GCAAGUUUGCUGGCCUUAAGAAUACGCUGCAUCGCGUGAUACUUUGAAACCCUCAUGAAAAUAUCGUACGCUGCUUGUACUUAGAACUUGAGGUAUCUAUCACGGUACCCGAUUUCCCUUCUUUGCAAGACAAUCUUCCGACGCCGUCAUGACCGAGUUAGCAAUGCAGUCUCCACCGUUACCCUCGGUAACAACGCACGAAGAACCGGAAACCGUCGAGGACAUUCCGUAUUUCGUCGACAAUAAAUUUCUCAAAUCAAGCACCACCAAAUUCUUCGACGUCCAUGACCCAGCCACCAAUUACCUCAUCUCCCGGGUCCCACAAAGUACCAAUGAGGAAUUGACAGCUGCUCUGGCAUCAGCGGAAAAGGCAUUUCCGCUAUGGCGGGCAAAGAGCGUUAUGGCUCGCCAGCAGAUCAUGUUCAAGUUUGUCGCGUUGCUUCGGGACAACAUGGAUCGCUUGGCGGCGAGAAUUACGCGCGAACAGGGCAAGACAUUUGCUGAUGCCAAGGGAGAUGUGCUUCGAGGACUGCAGGUUGCUGAAGCUGCCUGUGCUGCGCCGGAGUUUUUGAAAGGCGAAGUUCUCGAGGUUGCGAAAGACAUGGAGACAAGAACCUACCGGGAGCCGCUUGGUGUGGUUGCGGCAGUGUGCCCGUUCAAUUUCCCUGCCAUGAUCCCUCUGUGGUGUCUUCCAAUAGCCACCAUCACCGGAAACACUCUCCUCCUCAAACCCUCAGAACGCGUGCCUGGAACCGCCAUGAUUCUCGGAGAGCUCUGCCGAGAAGCUGGGUUUCCAGAUGGUGUGGUAAACAUCAUCCACGGUGCCCACGAAACGAUCAACUUCAUCCUCGAUCAACCUGCCAUCAAGGCAAUCAGCUUUGUUGGGAGCAACGCAGCUGGCGAGUAUAUCUACUCGAGAGCCUCCGCCAACGGCAAGCGUGUGCAAGCAAACCUGGGCGCCAAGAAUCAUGCGGUGGUCUUGCCAGACUGUGAUAAGAACCAGUGUCUGAAUGCAAUCCUCGGCGCGGCAUUCGGCGCAGCUGGACAACGGUGUAUGGCUAUCAGCGUGCUAUUGAUGGUAGGAGAAGCAAAGAAUUGGUUGCCUGAGCUGGUGGAAAGAGCCAAAACUUUACAAGUUAACGCUGGAUUUGAGAAAUGCGCCGAUCUAGGCCCUGUGAUCAGCCCUCAAAGCAAGUUGCGCAUUGAGACUCUGGUCGAAAGCGCGGAAAAGGAGGGUGCGACUAUUGUGCUUGAUGGUCGAGGUUACAAGCCUAGUAACUACCCCAAUGGUAACUGGGUUGCGCCUGUCAUCAUCUCAGAUGUAAAAACGUCAAUGAGAUGCUACAACGAGGAGAUUUUCGGUCCCGUGCUGCUAUGCAUGAGCGUGGACACGCUGGACCAGGCAAUCGAGACAGUCAACAACAACGAAUACGGCAACGGCACUGUGGUAUUUACUCGAUCAGGCCCGACGGCCGAGUCCUUCCGACGGCAGAUCGAGGUCGGCCAAGUUGGCAUCAACGUUCCGAUCCCUGUGCCAUUGCCCAUGUUCAGCUUCACUGGAAACAAGAGGAGUGUGGCUGGGGGUGGUGCAAGCACAUUCUAUGGAAAGCCAGGAGUCGACUUUUACACGCAGCUCAAAACGGUCACGGCGUUGUGGCGUAGCGGAGAUGUUGUUAGUACCAAAACGGAUACUUCCAUGCCAACACAGAGUUGAGGCAAGCGAUGGUGUUUAGACUAUAGGUGUAGCAAAAAACAACACCAAGUUUAUGUUUCAUCCCAUCCCGCUACGAAUUAGUUUUGUUGACCGUG